GACGUAGCUGUUGCCGCAGUAACGCUCCGCCCCCAGCGCGGUGCGGAGUAGGAAGUGACCGGUAACCUUCAUUCGGGGCCGGGACUAGCGGAGAAGAGGAUCGGGCGACGCAGAGAGCGGCCAUGGUGCUGAUUAAAGAGUUCCGAGUUAUCCUGCCAAUAUCUGUAGAAGAGUACCAAGUUGGUCAGUUAUACUCUGUGGCAGAGGCAAGUAAGAAUGAAACUGGAGGUGGAGAAGGUGUCGAAGUACUUGUGAAUGAACCUUAUGAGAAGGAUGGUGAGAAGGGUCAAUACACACACAAGAUUUACCACUUGCAGAGCAAAGUACCGACAUUUGUAAGAAUGCUGGCGCCCGAAGGAGCCCUGAAUAUGCACGAGAAAGCGUGGAAUGCCUACCCCUAUUGCCGGACCAUAAUUACAAAUGAAUACAUGAAAGACGAUUUUUUGAUUAAAAUUGAAACAUGGCAUAAGCCUGAUCUCGGGACACAGGACAAUGUACACAAGUUAGAGCCAGAUGUGUGGAAGAAUGUGGAAGUGGUUCAUAUUGACAUUGCAGAUCGAAGCCAAGUUCUAACGAAGGAUUAUAAACCAGAUGAGGAUCCAGCAAAAUUUAAAUCCAUCAAGACUGGUCGUGGACCACUCACCCCUGACUGGAAGAAAACGUUGGGGCAGCAGAAGGACUGUCCGCACAUGUGUGCUUAUAAACUGGUGACGAUCAAGUUCAAGUGGUGGGGACUGCAGAACAAAGUGGAAAGCUUCAUACAGAAGCAAGAGAGGCGGUUAUUUACAAACUUCCAUCGUCAGCUUUUUUGUUGGUUGGAUCGUUGGGUGGAGCUGACAAUGGAAGAUAUUCGCAGGAUGGAAGAUGAGACAAAGAAAGAGCUUGACGAGAUGAGAGUUAAAGACCCAGUAAAAGGAAUGGUGGCUGCAGAUGAUUAACAGUAAAGGACUAC